AUGAAGCGAACUUCCCGCCCCGCGCCUCCCACCUCCCGCCCGCGCGCCACCCGCGACCUCACGCCCCGCCCCGCGCCGCCCACCUCCCCGCACCGCGCCGCUCACUCUCCCGCGCCGCACCGCGCCGCCCACCUCCUCGCGCCGCCCCGCGCCGCCCACCUCCCCGCACCGCGCCGCCCACCUUCCCGCCUCGCCCCGCGCCGCUUCACCUCCCGCUCCGCGCCGCCCACCUCCCCGCCCCGCGCGCCUCCCAUCUCCCCGCCUCGCGCACCGCCCCGUGAUCUCGGCCUACACUUCGCCGCUGCCCGUUACCCGUCCUACGCGCUGCCAACGCCGACCUCCCGGCCGGCGCGCCGCUGGCCGUGUACUGCCCUGUCGACCGGGCGCCGGAGUUCACCGGGCGCUUGA